AUGCACUCGCUUCUCUCGAUCCGCAAAAAAAGAUGGGGGAUCCUUUUGCAGCUGAUCGUGCUAGCCACUUGCCAUGUGUCAUGUCAAGCGUCAGACGGAAGUUCGACACUUGAAUUAGCCGCCCCUCGCGGACGCAGUUAUGCCACCACAUAUGAACAAUAUGCUGCCUUUCCGAGAAGACGCAGCUCCUCUCCAGCCGGAGAAAUGCAAUCCCGUGCCGUAGAUACUAGUGCUGAUUUUGAAGUAUUUGAAGGACAACCACGCGGCACACUGGUGGGUUUCAUUCCAACCAAGCCCAAAUUCACUUACCGAUUCAAUGAGCCACCGCGGGAAUUUACAUUGGAUCAAAUUACAGGGGAAGUUAAGACGAAUGCUGUGCUUGAUCGGGAGGGAAUGCGCAGUCACUACGAUCUUGUUGUGCUCUCCUCACAGCCAACAUAUCCAAUCGAAGUACGCAUUAAAGUGCUCGAUAUCAACGAUAAUUCACCCGAGUUUCCAGAGCCAAGCAUUGCAGUCUCAUUCUCGGAGAGCGCAGUGUCGGGAACUCGUCUGCUUCUCGAUGCGGCCACAGAUGCGGAUAUUGGCGAGAACGGUGUGACUGAUCAUUACGAAAUUGUCGAUGGCAAUGUGGAUAAUAAAUUUCGUUUGGUCACAACAACGAAUCCGAGCGGGGAUACCUCCUAUCUACAUUUGGAGACAACUGGCAAUUUGGAUCGCGAAUCACGCGGUAGCUAUCAACUAAAUAUAUCGGCAAGCGAUGGUGGAGCUCCACCUCGACUGGGUUUCCUUCAGGUUAACGUUACCAUUCUGGAUGUUAACGAUAAUCCUCCGAUUUUCGAUCACAGCGAUUACAGUGUGACUUUAAAUGAAACUGUUAUGCCUGGUUCGCCAGUUCUUCAGGUGAUGGCUUCGGAUAACGAUUUAGGUGACAAUAGCAAGCUCACCUACUACUUGGCUGAAACAGAACAUCAGUUUACGGUUAAUCCCGAGACAGGUGUGAUAUCCACAACAGAACGCCUAAAUUGCCCCCAGCAAACAAGGGAACCGAUGGGAAAAGGUCACGCCCAAAAGAGUUGCGUAUUCACAGUAUUUGCGCGUGAUCACGGCUCUCCCCGUCAAGACGGACGCACUUAUGUGACUGUCAAUCUAUUGGACACCAACGAUCAUGAUCCCAUCAUAAGAUUUCAGUACUUUCCACCCACGGGAAGCGUAGCUACCGUCGAUGAGAAUGCAAUCAACGGAACGGUUGUUGCUGCCGUAUCGGUGAUCGAUUCGGAUGAUGGUCUAAAUGGAGAGACAACCACUCGCAUUAUAUCAGGCAAUGAGCUACAUCAUUUCCGUUUGGAGAAGACGCCACUUUUCCAUAUUGUUCGAGUGAAUGGAGUACUCGAUCGGGAGGAGAUCAGCAAAUACAAUUUGACAGUUGUAGCUACGGAUAAAGGAUCGCCGGAACGUACAGCAAUAGCAUAUCUUAUCAUAGACGUCAACGAUGUAAACGAUCAUGAGCCAGUGUUCGAGAAGUCGGAGUACUCGGCUGUGCUUAGUGAGCUGGCGCCAAAGGGCAGUUUUGUUGCCUCAAUUGCAGCCACCGAUGAAGAUACCGGUGUCAAUGCCCAAGUUUACUAUGAAAUUCUAUCUGGAAACGAGCUCAAGUGGUUUAACAUUGAUACCACUACAGGGCUCAUUGUGACAGCAGGAGCAUUAGAUAGGGAAGUCCAAGGCAGUGUUGAACUCAGUAUUUCAGCACGUGAUGGCGGUCCUAAUCCCAAGUUUGCGUACACUCAACUAAAGGUCACCAUACUGGAUGAGAACGAUGAGGCACCACAGUUUAGUCAGCAGGAACUCCAAAUUACCCUAAGCGAGGAUGUUGCCCCACAGUCUCUGAUCGCGUUGUUAUCUGCCACAGACAAUGACCAGGGCACGAAUGGAUCGGUUACAUAUUCGUUGGCGCCCAGUGUGGAUAGACUGUAUCCACAACAAUUUGCGAUCGACGCCAUAACGGGCCAAUUAAUGACGCGCAAAACUCUCGAUCGUGAGACAAUGGCGAAUUAUGAAAUUUUUGUGAUCGCACGCGAUCAGGGCGCACCGUCUCCACAAUCAGCAACGGCUACUGUUCACCUCAUCGUUGCCGAUGUAAACGAUAAUAAUCCCGAGUUCUAUCCAAAGCACUACAUCUACACAUUGAAAGACACAGCCGUGGAAAAGGGGGAAAAUAGUAUGCGAACUCUGUUGAAUGUCACGGCUACUGAUCGCGACGAGGGUGAUAAUGCCUUAAUUACAUACAGCCUGAUCUCUGGUGGCGAAGACGUUUUCAGUGUCGAUCCCAAAACUGGCGCUGUCAUAUUUAUGUUGCAUGGCAAACCGAUGAAAAAAUCAUAUUACAAUCUGCGCAUCUCUGCUCGAGAUUCUGGCGAGAGACGUAGCGCUCAGGAUGCUAUUGUGGAAAUUGUAUUGGAAUCGAAAACGGAGCUACUCGACUUUAGCACUCAUAAUGGCUAUGAAUUUCAGCUUGUCGAGGAUCCAGAUCAGAAGGGAGCUAAGAUCGGUCAGGAGGUGGGUCAUGUGCAAGUAAAAAGCCAUGCAGCCGUAGAGUAUUUAAUUAUUUAUGGCGACAGAGCGGAGAACUUUGCAAUUGAUCAACGCAGUGGCCGCAUAACGACUGUACGUCCAAUUGAUCGAGAAGUGCAGGCCCAAUAUCAACUGAUUGUCGUGGCCCGGAGUACGGAUGGAUCCACUUCACGAUCGGUUUUUGCCUACGGAAAAUGCAAUGUUCACAUCACGAUUCUUGAUUUGAAUGAUAAUGCGCCUAGCUUCGUUCAAGAUCGAGAUUCAGAGACUUCAAUUCAGUUGCCAGAGAAUACAGCUGUGGGUCAGGAGAUCUAUUUAUCGCGUGCACGAGAUCGAGAUGCGGGCGUAAACAGUCGCAUUAGCUACAAUUUGACAUAUAAUCCAGAUCAACAGUUUCGCAUUAACAGUGCCACAGGUGUGCUCUACCUGCAGAAGCCGGUUAGGGUAGAGCCAGGAACUGUUUUACAUGUGGAGAUAAUGGCCACUGAUGGUGGCUCACCAUCGCUUAGCAGUAGACUUCGGCUUCCCGUGUACGUUGCCGAUGUCAAUGAUCACACUCCCGUAUUUGAUCAUACAUCCUAUGAGACUUCACUCUUGGAGACCACAAAAGUCAACACACGUUUCUUUGCCUUGGCUGCAUCUGACAAUGAUUUGGGUGCAAAUGGACGCAUUUCAUACGAGAUCAUUGAAGGCAAUUCCGAUCGUAAAUUUGGCGUAUUUCCCGAUGGCUAUUUGUUUGUUCGUUCUCCUCUAGAUCGCGAGGAACGCGAUUAUUAUGCGCUCACAGUUUCCUGCAAUGAUGCUGGAAUUCCAGCACGAUCUUCAGUGGUUCCAGUUGUCAUACAUGUCAUCGAUGAGAACGACAAUGCACCGCAGUUUACAAAUAGUACAUUUACCUUUCAUAUCGCCGAGAACGCACCACCGGAUACUUUUGUAGGCAAACUGACUGCCGUCGAUCGCGAUAUCGGUAGGAAUGCAGAAUUGAGUUUCAGUGUACUCGCACCGUCACAAGAUUUUAAAAUAGAUAAACAUAAUGGAUUCAUCAAAACCCUGCGACCCUUUGAUCGCGAAGCUUUGGUGCGAAGUGCUCGAAGUGGUGUCGAUAAUAGCGACGAUGAGGAACGCAAUAUAAAUAGCGGUGGAUCAAACUAUCUCUUGCUGGAGGCCAUGGUCUCGGAUAAUGGCAUCCCGGCACUGCAUGAUAAGGUCAAGAUCAAGGUAAUUGUCACGGAUGUUAAUGAUAAUGCGCCAGAAUUCUUGCGAGCUCCCUAUCAAGUGACAAUCUCUGAAGAAGCCCCCGAGGGUACACACAUUAUGCACGUCUUUACGCAGGAUGCGGAUGAAGGCCUCAAUGGUGAUGUAUACUAUACAUUGUCGUUGGGAAACGAAGGAAAUCAGUUUAGCUUGGAUAGCGCCACAGGGCAGCUAACCCUAUCGCGUAAAUUGGAUCGGGAAUCUCAGGAAAUUCAUCAUCUAACCGUAGUGGCACGGGAUGCGGCAAUAAAACAUCCUCUUAGCUCCUCGGCAAAUAUCACCAUCACAGUGCUGGACGACAAUGAUAAUGCGCCGGAGUUUACCCAGUCGAGCAGUGAAAUUUCCGUAUUGGAAACUUGUCUCACUGGAACUGAAUUAAUGCGUUUCCGUGCCAGCGAUGCAGAUCAGGGAGUCAAUAGUCAGGUGGUCUUCAGUAUUACGGCGGGGAAUCGAAGAGAUACAUUUCAUAUUGACAGCACCACCGGCAGUUUAUAUCUACAUAAAUCACUGGAUUACGAAGAUAUCACAAAUUACACGCUAAACAUCACUGCCUCAGACUGUGGUACUCCUCCACUUUCCACCACAGUACUAUAUAACGUUAUAGUUGUGGAUGACAAUGACAAUCCACCGAUAUUUCCAAGCACGGCAAUCGUGCGACAGAUCAAAGAAGGUAUACCACUAAAAACGCCAAUUGUCACGGUAAUUGCCGAUGAUCCGGACUCGGGUCUGAAUGGUAAGGUAACAUACAUGAUUAGCAGGCAAGAGCCAGAGUUAACAGGUGGCAGACACUUUGGUAUCAACACACAGACGGGAGUAAUAUAUACACUGCGUGAAAUUGAUCGCGAGUCCAUAGACAAUUUCCGACUCACUGUUGUGGCUACGGAUCAGGCACAACCCUCAGAUCGUCAGUUGUCCACCGAAAAGUUGAUCACGGUCAUUGUCGAAGAUAUCAAUGACAAUGCUCCCAUCUUUGUUUCAAUGAAUGCAGCCAUUCUACCAAGAUUGACCAAUGGCAUCGGAGGUCAUGUGAUGCAAGUUUUGGCACGCGACGCAGAUUCAUCGAGUAACGGCCUGGUCACAUAUGAGAUUGUUGGCGGCCAUCAAGAACUGUUUCAACUGCAACGCAAUACGGGAAUAAUUACACUGGGACAGGCAAUUCAAGUUCAGGAUAAUCGCUAUCAGCUGACCUUAAAGGCAACGGACGAGGCAAGUGGUGAACGCAAGAGUACCGAGACGUAUAUAACGAUUAUAACGCCGGGACCAGAAGAUGGUCGGGGUGAUGAGCCGGUUUUCGAGAAACAUAACGUCUUAUUUGGUUCGGUUUUCGAAAACGAGCCGAUCGGUACGAGUAUUUUAACAGUAAACGCACAACUCGCGGGCGCUGAGAUUGAAUACUUUGUGACAAAUGUCACUGCGCCCGCAGGACUAACAGGAUUCGGAUUCGGCAACAGUGAGAUGCGUGUGCAAGUUGAUCGUCUGUUCGAUAUUGAUGCUAAACUGGGAAUCUUAUCGACGGCUGUGGAAUUGGACCGUGAAGCUGGCCCCCCAACCUACGAGGUAGACGUCUAUGCCAUCGCACUGGGCGGAAAGCCAAGAACCGCUCACACUAAGGUGAAAGUAAGUGUUCUGGAUAAAAAUGACAGCCCGCCCAAGAUUCUCGAUACACCGCUGAUGUACACUGUAAGCGAAGAUCUGGAGAUUGGGCACACUAUAGCAACAAUUCGUGCUACAGAUCCGGAUCCGGACUCCAUGGGCAGUAUGAUUUUUUUGCUAACGGACGGACAUGAUGGUAAAUUUUCUCUGGAAUCAACAACUGGCAAGCUACAAUUGCAAGAUACGUUGGAUCGUGAAACAAAGAGUAAAUACGAUAUCCGAGUGAGAGUUAGUGAUGGAGUUCAGUAUACGGAAACUAAUGUAGUCAUUCAAGUGGAAGACACCAAUGAUAAUCCGCCUGUGUUCGAAGAGACUGUUUACUCUUUUGACAUACCAGAAAACGCACCACGGGGUUAUCAGGUUGGCGAAAUUGUGGCCAAAGAUGCAGAUUUGGCUCAGAAUGCCCAAGUGUCCUAUUCCGUUGUUUCCGAUUGGGGCAACGAUGUGUUUAGCUUAAAUCCACAGACUGGAACGCUUACUUUAACAGCGAAAUUGGAUUACGAAGAAAUUCAGCAUUAUAUAUUAAUUGUGCAAGCCCAAGAUAAUGGACAGCCUAGCCUCUCAAAUACCAUCACUGUGUAUUGUAACGUGCUUGAUUUAAACGAUAAUACACCAUUGUUUGAUCCCAUGAGCUAUUCAAGUGAAAUAUUUGAGAAUGUGCCCUUGGGAAUGGAGGUGGUAACUGUAUCCGCCAAAGACAUCGAUUCGGGCAAUAAUGGGCUAAUUGAGUUCAGUAUAACUGGCGGAGAUGCGGACAACGAGUUUGAGAUCAACAGCAAUGGAACUAUAUCCACUCGUCGUCAACUUGAUCGGGAGCAUCGUAGUUUCUAUACUUUAACAGUUACUGCUCGCGAUUGCGCCGAUGAAUUUGCCGCUUUUAAUGAACUUAAGGAGACCCAGCUGAAACUGAAAUAUCGCUCACCUCGACGAUUUUAUAGAACACAUAAGGAAAAUGAGCUUUUGUCUCAUCAAAAACAAGAGCGAUUGUCAUCGACAGUACAGGUAACCAUACUUAUCAAAGAUGUCAAUGACGAAGUGCCCGUGUUUAUUUCCCCAAACGAGACAUCGGUAAUGGAGAAUGUGGCCAUCAACACGGUUGUAUUUACAGUGAAAGCCGUCGACAACGAUGAGGGACGCAAUGGUUACAUUGAAUACUCCAUUGAUGUAGAUAAUGGAGCCCAAUCUCCGCAAUUUACCUUAAAUCCGACAGAUGGCGUAUUGCGUGUUGCCGAUGCAUUAGAUCGAGAACUUCAAAAUAGCUAUGUUUUGAAUAUAACAGCACGGGAUCGUGGAGAUCCUCCACUUGCCACACAGUCGCAGCUAACGAUCAGCAUACUCGAUGAGAAUGAUAAUAUUCCAGUAUUUGAUCCAAAGCAGUAUUCAGCAUCCGUUGCCGAGAAUGCCAGCAUAGGUGCAAUGGUUCUUCAAGUGUCUGCCACAGAUAUGGACGAGGGUGACAAUGGUCGUGUGAGAUAUUCGAUAUAUGAUGGCGAUCAGAAUCGGGAUUUUAGUAUUAGCGAAGAUACUGGUGUGGUAAGAGUGGCCAAGAAUUUGAAUUACGAGCGUAAGGCGAAAUAUGUUUUGACAGUGCGUGCCGAGGAUUGUGGUGCCCAGGAAAGUGCAAGUGAUACUGCUGAGCUGAUCAUAAAUAUAAUCGACAUAAAUGAUAAUCGGCCCACGUUCCUAGACUCUCCGUAUAUAGCCCGUGUUAUGGAAAACACAUUACCACCCAACGAUGGAUAUCUACUGACUGUGAAAGCUUAUGAUGCUGAUACACCGCCUCUAAACUCACAAGUUCGAUACUUUCUCAAGGAAGGCAACGUGGAUCUGUUUCGAAUAAAUGCCUCAACGGGAGAAAUUGUCUUACUUAGGACUCUAGAUAGGGAGCUGCAAAAUGAAUACAUAUUAACCCUAGUGGCCAUGGACACGGGAUCUCCACCGCUGUCUAAUACUGGGAUUGUACGAGUUGAGGUUCAGGACAUUAACGACAACGAUCCCGUUUUCGAACUGCAAUAUUACCAAGCCACCAUACAAGAAAAUCUUCCCAUCGGAUCAUUGGUCCUGCUGGCCAAUGCAACUGACAAGGAUACUGGUCCAAAUGCCAAGAUACGUUUUAAUUUACUGGGUGAACACAUGUCGCACUUUCACAUUGACACGGACACGGGUGAAAUUGUUACGGCUGUUGUAUUGGAUCGCGAAAGCAUAUGUGUUUAUCACCUAACUUUAAUGGCCCAGGACAGCUCCAUAACCGAACCACGAGCGACUUCAGUGAAUCUCACCAUAAUUGUGGGAGACACAAAUGAUAAUAUGCCCAAGUUUGAGGCUGCCACCUUUAACGUUGUUGUGCCAGACAAGAUACAUAUUGGAGAGUUUGUUUUCGGCGAUAGAGCUACAGAUGCGGAUGAGGGAUUGAAUGCCAUGCUUACUUAUAAUAUCAGUGGCAAGGAUCAAAAGUAUUUCGAGAUUCAUCCCACUACAGGAGUUAUACGAACAAAGCUGGAACUGACGCAGAAAAAUAAACCCCAAGCGGACGUCAUCUACAACAUAAACAUCCAAGCAACAGAUCAAGGACAAAUACCACACAGUUCGAUAGCUGAGCUCACGGUCCAGCUUCGUCCUGCUGAACUCUUUCCUGUAUUCUCCUAUAUGCCCAUCACACAAUUCACUCUACCUGAAGAUGUACAACCGGGAAAACGUAUUGCCAAAUUGGCAGCUACAUCUCCAAAGAAGGGUUCUGUAGCCAAUAUUCGAUAUAAAAUAGCCGGUGGAAAUAUGGCUCAAGCUGCUUCAGUUGAUCCUAACAGUGGUGUAUUGAGUGUGGGACAAGAGGGAUUAGACUACGAGUUGGCCCAUCAGUAUGAAUUGUGGGUAGAAGCUGCCGACUCCGAUAGACCAAGUCUUCGAACCGUGACUCUGCUGAAAAUUAAUGUCACCGAUGCCAAUGAUAACCCGCCAGUUAUGGAGAAAAUGAUCUACAAUGCUGAAAUUCUGGAAGAGGAAACACCGCCACAACUAAUUGUGACCAUUAAGGCGAACGAUAAAGAUUCUGGAGAGAACGGAGAGGUCAGCUAUAGUUUGAAGAAUGACUACGAAGGUACUUUUGAAAUUGUCUCCUCUGGUGAAAUAUACACAACCAUGCGGUUGGAUCGAGAGGAGAUCAGUGAUUAUGCACUUGUCGUGGAGGCCGUCGAUCAGGGUGUACCUCAAUUGACGGGUACGGCAAGUGUGCUAUUGCAUCUGCUGGACAAGAAUGAUAAUCCGCCCAAGUUUACGCGUCUAUAUUCGCUAAAUGUUACUGAAAACACCGAGAUCGGCAGUUGGGUUAUCAGCGUGACCUCUUCAGAUUUGGAUUUGGGUGAAAAUGCACAUGCCACCUAUACAUUUAGUUCGAAUCCGGGUGAAAAGUUUAAAAUUGAUCCGGCAAGUGGUAACAUAACGGUGGCAGGACAAAUCGAUCGGGAGCAGCAGGAUGAGUACAUUCUGAAAGUGGUUGCCUCGGAUGGAGCUUGGCGUGCCGAGACUCCUAUUACGAUCAGCAUUCAGGAUCAAAACGAUAAUGCACCCGAGUUUGAGCACAGUUUCUACAGCUUCAAUUUUCCGGAAUUGCAGAAUGCGGGCUCCUUUGUGGGCCAAAUCAUAGCCACGGAUCGGGAUAAGCAGGGACCCAACUCGGUGAUCUCCUACUCGCUGCAAUCGCCAUCACCGAUCUUCAGUGUCGAUCCCGCUACGGGUGAGAUUUUCAGUAAAUCUCAAAUUCAGUACAAGCACUCGCAGUACGUAAGCUCGCCGGAGAAUAUGUUUGCACUUAACGUUCUGGCCACUGACAAUGGAAAGCCACCACUGUACUCCGAGUGCUUGGUCAACAUCAACAUUGUGGACGCUAACAAUAAUCCACCAAAAUUCGAACAGGUGGAAUAUCUAUCGCCAUUACCAGAGCAUGCCGGUCCAGGUCAACGUGUUGUCAAGGUUCACGCAACCGAUGAUAAUGAUGUGGGAGUCAAUGCAGAGAUUGAUUAUGCACUCAUCAAUUCCAAUUCCAACUCCAACUCCAACUCCAAUAUGAGCGCAUACUUUUCCAUCAACAAGCACGACGGUUGGAUAACCUUAAUUAAACGCAUUGCUGUCCCGGCCAACUCAAGUUUUGAGCUAAAUGUCAGAGCUACCGAUCGCGGUGUUCCACCACAGUCGGAUCAAACUCGAGUCGUUGUGUUUGUGACGGAUGAGAAUUGCCAUGCUCCCAUAUUUAGACCACUUAGUUAUCAAGUGAUUGUGCCGGAGAACGAGCCAAUUGGAUCAACAAUCAUUACAGUUAGGGCCACGGAUGAAGACAGUGGUCCCAACGGAAUGUUGCGUUACGCCAUUGCGGGUGGAAACGAACGUGGGGAUUUCAGUGUAAAUGAACGAACCGGAGCCAUAACCAUAAUGCAACCAUUGGACUACGAUUUGUUGCAGGGUUACCACUUGAACAUAACCGUGGAGGAUCUAGGCUACAAGCCGCUGUCCGCAGUUGCCACGCUCACGAUUAUCCUAACCGAUGUCAAUGACAAUCCACCGCUGUUCAAUCAAUCGGACUACCAUGGCUACAUUGCGGAAAAUCAACCAGUGGGUGCUUUUGUGUUUCUGGCCCACGCCACCGACAAGGAUUCACCGAAGAACGCCAUCAUCCAUUACUCAUUAUUGGCCAGUGACGCAGAUCAUCACUUCUUCAGUAUCGAUACCAAAAGUGGAACUAUUUUGUCCGCCGCCAGUUUCGACUAUGAGGAGAGACGUACCUAUACUCUGCACAUCAAAGCAAGAAAUCCCGACUCUAUAAUGGAGAGCUAUGCAAUUCUCCAUGUGCAUAUCUUGGGUGUCAAUGAAUUUUAUCCACAUUUCUUGCAACCAGUUUUCCAUUUUGAUGUAUCGGAAACUUCGGUUGUGGGCACUGCCGUGGGAUCGGUGCAGGCCACCGAUAAAGAUAGCGGUGAAGAUGGACGUAUCUAUUAUUUGCUGGUGGGUUCAAGUAACGACAAAGGUUUUGGCAUCAAUCCCCAUACGGGUCAACUGCAUGUGACCCGUAAUUUGGAUCGCGAGACGCAAAAUCGCGUUGCACUAAGUGUGAUGGCAAAGAACUACGGCAGCAUUCGAGGCAAUGAUACGGAUGAGGCGCAAGUCAUUAUCUCCAUUCAGGAUGGCAACGAUCCGCCGGAGUUUGUCAGGCGUUACUAUACUUCUACAAUAUUGGAGUCGGCGCCAGUUGGCAGCAUGGUGACAACGGUCAAGGCCAUUGACAAGGACGUUCGUACACAGAACAAUCAAUUUAGCUACUCCAUAAUAAAUGGGAAUAUUAAGCAAAGUUUCAAGAUCGAUGAGGAAACUGGAGAGAUUAGCACCGCUGCCCUGUUGGAUCGGGAGGAUAUUGCUCGCUUUAACUUGGUAAUCGGUGCAAUUGAUACAGGGCUACCACCGCAGACGGGCACAGCUACAGUGCGCAUUGACUUGGAUGACAUCAACGACAAUGGGCCGACAUUUACCGCUGAAGGCCUACUGGGUUACGUAUCGGAAAAUGAGCCGCCAGGAACAACGAUCAUGACACUAGCAGCAAGUGAUCCAGACCUGCCACAGAACGGAGGUCCCUUCACCUAUCAAAUCGUUGGAGGCAAGCACAAAUCUUGGUUGACUGUCGACAAGUAUACUGGAUUGGUAAAGUCCACGGCCAGCUACGACCGAGAAGUGACGCCCAUUCUGGAAGUAAUUAUUGAAGCGGAGGACAGUGGUAGUCCCAAGCAACAGACACAACAUAAGUUAGUUAUCAAGGUGCUGGAUCAGAAUGAUAAUCCCUCCACAUCACGCACGGUUCAUGUUGCUGUCAGUAUCUUCAAUAAUGAUGUGCCAUCGAAUAUUAAACUGGCCGAUGUGCAUCCCAACGAUGUCGACAUUGUUGGCGAUUAUCGCUGUCGUUUGCAGGGCAACGGGCAAUUGAUCAUUAAGAGUGGAUGCGACCUGUACACAACAUCGGUAACUAGUCCCAUUUCAUAUGCCUAUAAUGUAAUGGGAAACGAUGGAAAACACGGCGAUGUCAGCUCAAAUGUGACUGUGGGCUUUCACAUCUACAGCAAUAUGACGAUUGUCAACACGGUGCCAAUUUUGAUACGGAAUAUGUCAGCUGCUCAAUUCCUAACACAUCAUUAUCAUUCGACGUUGGAGCUUCUAAAGUCACGCUUUGCAUCCAACGAAGAGUUGCACAUUUACAGUCUCAUCGAUGUGAACACAAAUCUAACAAGCAACACAGAUGUCGAAGUCCUCCUAGUCGUGCGUACAUCUCAGCUUGGCUAUCGACAGCCAGCCCAUGUUGUUGAGCGUCUAAGGGAGAAACGUUCCGCUUUAUCGGAGCUGCUGCACUCGGAGGUGGUGAUCGGAUACGAGCCAUGCAGUAGACCUGAAGUGUGUGCCAAUGGAGGUGUGUGUAGUGCUACGAUUCGACUGUUGGAUACGAAUAACUUUAGUAUUGUGGAUAGUCCUGCAUUGAUCCUCAGUGGUCCUCGUAUCAUUCACGACUACACUUGCCAGUGUGCCAAGGGAUAUGCGGGUGAGCAGUGUGCUAGACGACAAGAUCCCUGUGUGCCCAGUCCGUGUCAGGGUCAGGCUCAGUGUCGACGCCUGGGCAACGACUUUCAAUGCGAUUGUCCUUCGAAUCGUGAGGGCAAACAGUGUCAGAGGGAACGCAGCGAUGUCUGCUGGGGAAACCCUUGCCGAAAUGGUGGCAGUUGCCAACGCAGUCCAGAUGCUGCCUCGUAUUACUGCCUUUGUCGACCUGGAUACCGUGGCAGUCAGUGCGAAAGUAUUCCCGACUCGUGUCGUCCAAAUCCCUGCUUACAUGGUGGCUUGUGCGUCAGCUUAAAACCGAGCUAUAAGUGCAGCUGUCCUUCUGGUCGCUAUGGACGUCAUUGCGAGCGUUUCAGUUACGGCUUUGAUCCGCUCUCCUUCAUGAGCUUUCCCUCUUUGGAUCCCACCACUAACGACAUUUCCAUUGUAUUUGCCACAACUAAAUCGACGGCACUUUUGGUCUACAACUACGGCUUACAGACUGGCGGACGUUCAGAUUUUCUGGCCAUAGAACUAGUGCAGGGACAGGCGUACUUUUCAUCGGGUGGCUCGCGUACUGCCAUAAGUACAGCUGUGGCCGGUCUUAACUUGGCCGACGGCAGCUGGCACAAAGUUACCGCCACUCGCAAUGGUCGCGUCAUGUCGCUAAGUGUCGCCAAAUGCACGGAAUCUGGAGACGUCUGUGCGGAAUGCACUCCCGGGGAUUCCAGUUGCUAUGCUGACGUUGUCGGUCCUGUUGGGACUCUCAACUUUAAUAAGCAGCCGCUUCUGAUUGGAGGUCUGUCAUCCGCCGAUCCGGUACUGGAGCGUCCUGGUCAAAUACAUAGUGAUGAUCUUGUUGGCUGCAUUCACAGCGUAUCGAUCAAUGGACGAGCCUUGAAUCUGAGUUCACCAGUGCAACAACAUGGCAUUACACCUGGCUGCAAUAAACAGGCCUGUCAACCAUCUUUGGCAGUCGAAAGAUGUGGCAACUAUGCUGGUCAGUGUAUUGAUCGCUGGUCAACAUCGCUAUGCCAAUGCGGUGGUCAUCUGCAAUCCCCUGACUGUGCCAAUUCACUGGAACCAAUUACUCUAAGUGGCGGCAGUUUUCUCGAGUUUAAAAUCUCUGAGCAAUAUCGUCGCAUGCAACUGCUGGAUAGUCUCUACAAUGGAAAGAACGCAUGGUCCACACGCUCCAAACGCCACUCGACCUCCAUACAUAAUGCAAGUGCAGUAACAACCGCCUACGACGAACCGCCAAAACUUUUAAGUGUGAUUUUCCGCACUUACAAGUCACAGGGAUUGAUUUUAUAUGCUGCCACUAAUCAUAUGUACACCUCUCUCUCUUUGCUGGGCGGAAAGCUUGUCUAUUAUUCCAAGCAUCAGCUGUCCAUCAAUAUGACAGUUCCGACGCCAGAAGCGCUGCACGAUGGCAAAUGGCAUAAUGUGAGUCUACACAGUCAGAGCCGUACCUUGCACCUGCUCAUUGACGGACGACAGGUGGGAGAUGAGUUGGAUGUUGCCGGAGUCCAUGAUUUUCUCGAUCCGUAUUUGACUACGCUGAGUGUCGGUGGUGCGCCCAAUAGUCAAUUGAAUGCCGAACCAUUUGCCGGCUGCAUAGCCAAUUUUACAAUCAACAAUGAAUUGCAGCCGCUGAACGGAUCCGGCAGCAUAUUCCAGGAAGUGAAGCAGCAUGGAAAAGUCGAGCUGGGUUGCAGUGGAGCGGAUAUCGGUGUGGAUGCGGCCCAAGUUGCCGAUCCCUUAAGUAUUGGCAUCACACUGGUUAUUGUGUUCUUUGUCAUACUGGUUGGCGCGAUAUUUGGCUCCUAUGUUAUCUAUCGUUUCCGUGGCAAGCAGGAGAAGAUUGGCAGUCUCAGCUGUGGUGUACCCGGAUUCAAGAUCAAACAUCCUCCAGCUGCUGUGCCCCAAAGUCAAGCGGCAGAUCAUGUAUUGGCACGUAGUAUCCACACAAGCGAAAGUCCUGCACCACUUGUUGUAGGUGCCACCGAUCAUAUGCGUCCACCUGGUCAUCACUUGACGGGACCGGAGCUUAUCACCAAGAAGUUUAAGGAACGAAGUGAUCUACCAAAUAGCUCGGAUCAUCCGCAGCCUCAGCAGCGUCCACAACGGCCGGACAUCAUUGAACGUGAAGUUGUUGGCAAAAGUCCACCAAUCAGGGAGGAGCAUCAUCUAUCCAUACCGCCGCUUAAUCCAUUGCAUCCACUUGACCACGGCAGUUCCGUAGACAUGGGCUCCGAGUAUCCGGAGCACUAUGACUUGGAGAAUGCUAGCUCAAUUGCUCCGUCUGACAUUGACAUUGUAUAUCAUUACAAGGGAUACCGGGAGGCGGGUGGCAUGCGCAAGUACAAGGCAACCACGCCCCCUGUUGCCGCCUAUACCCACCACAAGCAUCAGAGCUCAGCUGCUCAGCAACAGCAUCGCCAUUCACCACGGCACGCGGUCAACGCCCCCUUUGUGCCACGUGUGCCCAAUCAGGGGCAGCAACCACCAGCAUCGACCAGUACGUCUCGCACCCACCAGACUACACCACUGGCCCGCCUGUCGCCCAGCUCGGAGUUGAGUUCUCAGCAGCCGAGAAUUUUAACCCUGCAUGACAUUUCGGGGAAACCGUUACAGAGCGCACUUCUGGCUACCACCUCCAGUUCAGGUGGUGUGGGCAAGGAUGCACUUCACAGCAACAGCGAGCGAAGCCUCAACAGUCCAGUGAUGUCCCAAAUGUCGGGUCAGAGUUCAAGUGCCAGUCGACAGAAAUCUGUGGCGCCACCACAAGCGGGUCUAACCGCUGAAGAAAUUGAGCGGCUUAAUGCCAGACCGAGAACAUGUAGUCUAGUGUCUACUCUGGAUCUUUCAUCGAGCAGUGAAGCGCCAACGCCCCGAGUUUCCGGCGGUGCUCUGCAUCUAUCGCUGGGCGGAGAUGUGGAUGCCCACAGCUCAACCUCGACGGAUGAGAGUGGCAACGAUAGCUUCACUUGCUCGGAAAUUGAGUACGACAACAAUAGCUUAAGCGGCGAUGGAAAGUACUCCACCAGUAAGAGCAUGCUCGAUAGCCGAAGUCCUGUGGCACGCGCAUUAAGUGGAGAUCCCGCCAGGAAUCCAAAUGUAGUGAAAACUCCGCCCAUACCACCGCAUGCCUAUGAAGGGUUCGAGUCAUCAUUUCGUGGCUCUCUAAGCACACUUGUCGCCAGUGAUGAUGAUCUGGCAAAUCAUCUUAGUGGCAUCUAUCGAAAGGCCAGCGGUGCUGCUUCACCAUCUGCCACCACCUUGGGAUGGGAGUACUUGCUGAAUUGGGGGCCAAGUUAUGAAAAUCUAAUGGGCGUGUUCAAGGAUAUUGCAGAGCUUCCCGACACAACAAGCCCACAGCAACAACAACAACAGCAACAGGCAUCUCAGCCUGUGUCUACUCUACGUAUACCCAAUGUACAAAAAGCACCAGAGGAGUAUGUGUGAGAUUCGAAUAUACUCUCUCCUAUGUAUAUAUAUGUAUUGGAUUCCCUAGAAGAAUGUCGACAAAAACUACUAACAAUAUCAAAAAUUUGAAAACAAAACUAGGAUGCAAGUAGUUUGAAAAUAAAAGUUAGGAAACCAAACGAGGAAUAAUGUUGUUAGGGAAAUAAAAAUAGGAAAAAAAUGCUAUUGAAAAAACAAUGAUAAGCCAAUAUUGAUAAUAUUUUAUUAGAUCUGUUAAAUCUAUCUCAAUUCAAUGAGUAAAUAUUGUGUGGUACCUUGUUUCAAAAUUUAAUCUUAAUCGGUUUAUCGUCAUACAAUUUUAAUAGUCAAACCUUUCGAAUUUUAAUUCGGUCUUUUCUGGCAAUUUUCCGUCGACAGAGACUCGCACAAUGGAAGCCUUUUCCUCAAAUUAAUGAAAUAUAUUUUUUAAUUAUUUAUGUACUCUGAAUGUUUUUAUUAAU